CUGUGUAAGUCAUUUGGGCGUGGCUGGGAAAAUCUUGACGUGAGCUAAAAUCAGCUCAGGCUUCACUCACUCAUCUCGGAAACUGUCAGGUAGCCUACCGCGGCUUUUAGAUAUUAUGGCAGUGGUUGGCCAAGUGUCGCCAAUGCGUUUUUAAGCGCAACCCCCUUAAAAAAAGGUGACCUCGAAGGUUCCGUGCCAACAGUUUUGCUUAAUUGUACAAUAAGAUAGACGCCAAGUUGCAUUUGGCACUCGAGUGUUACACACCCGCUGCUCACACCUUGGCGUCACUGCAAACCAAACCGACCGGGCUUCAUUCCUCAAGUCACAUCUCAUCGCAGUUGUAUGGCGAGGCGCAGUUGGUCAGCUUGACAAAAAAGAAAUAACACAGUAAAAUUCCAGCUUUAGUUCCAGAUAUAGCAGCGUUACGCGUGUAGGGCCCAUUGUUGUGCUCACGGCCCGGAGCAGUCGACAUCAGAGCAGGAGGAUGCUGCUGAGGCACGGCGGCCACCUGACAGCAACGUACAAACUUUGAUAUCUGUGGACAUAAAAGCGAAACAGACCAACCAUGAGGGACAGACUAACUGACCUCCAGGAGCUGUCUAGCGGCCCCAUGGAGCCAAUGGAGUAUGCGGAGUCCGUUAUCUCUGACUCCUUCAGUAACGUUGACCUGGAGGAUGAGUUGCCUCAUGAAGCAGUGGUGUUUAGCGACAACAGCCCUGCUCUGGGCGAAAUCUUUACCCAGGCACAAGGUAUCCACAAAGACAUCCAGCUCAUCCGCCUGGAGGUUAAGAGGCUUCGUGAGCAGAACUCCCGCAUGUUCCAAGCCACCACCACCAUGAGCACCAUUAAAAAGGACUCUAACACUAUUGGAGCUGAUAUCAAGGCGCGGGCUGAGGAUGUGCUAGCACGUCUACAUAAAAUGGACGACAUGACGCAGAAACUAGAAGAAACGCACGGCACAAAUUCUGCUGUGACGCGUAUCGCCAGAACCCAGUACGCCUGCCUCAGUAAUGGCUUUCGCGAUGCAAUGUUUGACUACAAUGAGGCCGAGAUGAGCCACCGGGAAAGCUGUAAAGCUCAGAUUCAGAGGCAAAUGGAGAUAAUGGGGCACGAGGUGACGGGAGAGGAGGUGGAGGAGAUGAUUGAGAAAGGUCAGUGGAACAUCUUCAACGACAACAUCGUGACUGAAGGCAGAACGGCACGCUCGGCUCUGUCCCAGGUUGAGAAACGGCACCAGGAGCUGCUGGACCUGGAGAGCCGCAUCAAGAGCAUCCAUGAGAUAUUCCUGGACAUCGCCGUGCUGGUAGAGGAGCAGGGCCCCAUGAUGGACUCCAUCCAGAACAACGUUCAGAAAACCGAUGCUGUCAUGCAGGAUGUCCUCUUUAAACUUGGCAAGGCAAAACGCCACGACAGCAACAACCCGUUUAGAAAGAUGUUUUGCAGCUGUUUUCCGUGCGUCGACUAAUCGCUACAACAGGAUGACCCGGCAAAGACGAUGCCAGCUAGCUCUUAGGAUAUUCAAAAUGUUCGACGUGUCACGAAAAUGUUAUUUUCACAAUAAUUUAUCAUCACGGUCUUUGUAGUUACUGCCUAAUAUUUUCUCGGAGAGUAAAAUAAAGGUUUGAGGAAAAGGGUUCAAACUGCUUGGUUUAAAUGCAAAAAUUCUUGGGUUAAACUUCAUAAAACUAUUUAUGUAAUUCCUUGAUUUUUAAUGUCUGUAGUAAGGGUUUGAGACAUAACCUGCGUCAAAUAACAAUGACCUAGGCACGAUGCAUACUUGAAAACAAACGGUACGUGAAGGUAUUUUUCAGCUUGCUCAGGUUACACAUUUACUAAUAAGUAGCUUUCAGAUAUUUUCAUACAAUUUCUGAAAGUUCCAUUAAAAUAACCUUGAAGAAAUGUUUGGUUUGUCACUACACAUCUUAGCACCAAUACCAUGGAUGUUGUGGUUGAAGUAAAACAACAUCGCUAACGAAGCAGUUUAACAGGGAACUUCUGCAGGGAUUGUACUUGUGAUGCACCAUGCACACUACCUUAUUUUGACUUCUGUAUAUUAAAAUGUUUUUGUCUGUCUUAUGUGAUUUCUCU